UUCAGCUGCAGAUGAUUAUUAACUCUUUUGGCCGAUGGUGAAUCAGUGAUUGCAAUCAUAUAUGAAAUUGUUUAGUUGGUGUGGCCGGAUGAGGACAAAGUGCUGGAGAUGAAGUAUGUACGGGCAGCCCCCAGGUACUAUGGGGACGAGAAGCAACUGAAGGCGCAUGGGGAACUGCGGAUAUACGUGGGGAGGCUACACGUCGUCCUCUUUUAUUGUAUACUGCAUCACCUACAGGUGGUUAUUAUGUUCUACGUGGAUAUUAUUUAUUAAUACUAUCAGUCGACUUUUAAAAUAAAAUUUUCUUGUUAUUGGACAUAAGUAAAUAUAAUCUACCUAUAUAUAAAAAUGAAUCCCUUUUUUUCUUGGUCACGUCAUCAUACGUGAACGACUGAAUCGAUUCCGCUAAUUAUUUUUGUUGUUGCGUUUGCUAUUGUCAGAAGGUUCUUAUGAAAGAAAAAAAUAAGAAUAUUGCGUCGAAAAUUUUAACAUUUAAGAAUAUUUAACCACCAUAUAAAAUUAUUUCUAAUCUAACCUUAGUGUUUUGCGCAAUAUGAACUUUUUUAUGUCAUCUUAUGACUUUUGACAUAGAAAACAUGUUUUUUCACAUGGCCAGUUAUAUGUCCCCUGUUCCAGUAUACCAACAACCAAUACCAACAAAACUAUUUAUGUAGGUACGCGCAAGAAAAAAAAAUAAGAAUUCAGUAUAUCAUAGAGCAUUUGAAUAAUAAACACUUUUUUUUUAAAUAUUAUUUAAUUUAGUUAUACCAAUUCGUAUUCAAUAUUCAAAAUUAAGACAGGACAACAUCUGUGGGGUAAAUUAAUAAUGCAAUAGUUACAAUGAUUGUUUGUCGCAACAGCAAUUCCUGGAGCCUCUGAUACCGAGUUCGGCGGCAGGGGAGGCUGCAGCGGCCGCUGAACGUACUGCACACAAACACGCUGAGGGACUGAGGACUUAUUCCGCGAGAAUUAACUUGGUCAUUGAGAUACAUGCUCCAGUUUUGCUGUUGCCCCAAAAGCCGUCAUCUCCCAAUCUUUUAGUACUGAACAUGGGUGAUUUGACGAUUGAGAACUUUUUUAAACAAGUGAAUACCGGCCAGGAUGUGAGCAGCCCGGGGCAGGCUCCCGUCAUCGACAAUAUAUUGGUGAAACUCGUGAACGUAACAUUGUCUCGCGCGGUGAUGACCCUUGCAGGCACGCUUGAAGUUCAAGAGCCAAUCAUAGAACCUAUUUCGGCUCGCUGUGAUUUGAAACGAGCUGUCGGAUAUACACAACUGGCCGGUUGUACUUCUAACCGCGAGCUUUUAGCAUUAGAAGCAGAUGUUCUUCUGGAUAGUGUUCUUCUCAAUAUCGGUCAGAAAGAUUUAGCUACAAUUUUAGCUGUAUGGAGUGACAAUCUCAGUGAAGCAAACUAUAUUGGAAGCAUAGUUCCAAGUUCCCCGGUAGAAACAGCUCCGACGGAUGUAUCAGUUAAGAAGUUGCAAGCGUUUUUAGCUCAAGGUGAAGCCAUUAGGAAAGAAGCAGUUUUAAGGUGCGUUUAGAUAUUUAAAUUACUAUUCAAGCAGUCCUCGGUUUUACGUCAUCUUAGGUAGCAGAGAACAGUGACGUACAACGAAACGACUUAAAAAUGAGAUACAUUUGUAGGGAAAGUUGUACGUAGGUUCUUAAAAAUGAAAAAACACGGUAAAGAAAAACCAAUCACUUUUAUCAUGAAGAAAACAACAUUCUAA